UGCAUUUGCUUCUCCUUCGAGAGAGCCUGAUACUCAGGCUAAUUUAUACUCAGGCUAAUUUGCUUCGCACCUUUUCGUUUCGUGAACUGAGAUGAUCAAAACUAGAGCUGUGAUAUUCAAAGAGAAGGAUGGCACCUCUGGUGCAGACUUUCAWAUAAAUGAAAUGUUCCAGUGUCCAGAGGAAGAUGACCAUAGUGUAACGGUGAAAGUCAAGGCUUGUGGUUUAUCUGUAAAUAAUAAACUCAAGUUAUUGAAAGAAMUUGGUUUAUCAACUGAAAAGGAAAUUCCAGUUGGACGGGAAAUAUCAGGAGUAGUUACAAGUAAAGGGAAUCAAGUGCAAAGAUUUUCAGUUGGAGAUGAAGUUGCAGGAGUCAUUCCCCUGUCAAGUGGUUCUGCUGGAUGUGCAAACUUUUGUGUUCUUUCAGAGUUUGAUUUAGUUAGUAAACCUGAGAAGGUCAGUCAUGUUGAUGCUGCAGGGUUUAUUGGAGAUGGUAUCAGAGCAUAUACCGCAAUCCAUUAUCAAGCUAGACUAUGUGGAGGAGAGACUGUCUUAGUAUUUGAUGGAGCAUCAUCGUCAGGUGUGAUAACUAUACAGCUUGCACAGGCAUGGGGUGCUAAGGUUCUAGCUACUGCCACGACAGAGGAGGAAGUUUUACUUUUAGAAAGUUUUCAACCACAACUCACAAGAGUAAUUGAUUUAAGAAAGUGUGAGGAGUCAAUAGUAGAUGUUUGCACAAUGGAGACUGGUGGCCUGGGUAUUGAUUGUAUUAUAGAUAAUGGAGUGUCACAGUAUAGUGAUGAAUUCAUGGAAUAUCUAACAGAUUGGGAAGUUGAUCAAGUCAUUGGCCAUAAUUCCAGCACACCCAGCAAACAUGACAUCAUUUCAUCUUUGGCUGUUGGAGGAAGAUGGGUAACACAACAGSCAGACCUGCAACUUGAUCCACCAGAUUCCAAGCUGCUUUAUGCUAAAGGUGCUUGUGUUGGUUUUCUCUUUGAAGAUGUGUGGACAUUAUCAAGAGGCCAACAGGGCAGGUACCUUCAUAUUCUAAAUGAUCUGAUGGACAAGUUUACCCACUCACUAGUCAGUUGUUUUGUUUUUGUUGUCCUGUAUUGUUAAACCGUUUUGGCGCCAUGACCCAUUUCAGUACUUCUGUGUGGCCGCCAUACGUAUUUCAAAUUAUAUGAAGUGAAAACAUGCUGAAGUUUUUUUAAAAAUAAUACCGUAUACAAAAACAUCGUUCCCAAAUCGGGGGUGCGGCUUAUUUACGAGAAGACUUGUAAAAAUGCCUGAUAAAAAGCCAUUUCAUAAAUUAGCAUUCACUGUGCUACUAAAUUMCAGACGUAUUAUUAAAUCGUCUAGGACAUUCAGUAAUGUGAUAAGUUUGUUUUACACGGUGCGGACACAAAUAUUUUAAUGGAAAUGCAGUACUGUUACUGUAAAUCUAACUCUGAGAAACACAAGUCAAUAAAUCAAAAUGAAAAGUGAGUGGUUAUUGAGCCAAUGAACAGAGAGCAUUUUCAAUCGUUCUGUCUUGAGUUGUUUUGGUAACGCGAUGCUAAUUUGCAUUGUUCAUUUAAGCGACUUUGUCACACUUAAAGUGAAGAAUCCAGGGUAAAUAUUUUGAAUACCCAAGAAAUAAGCCUAAGAAAUUGUUCCUUAUAUAAUUAAAGAAAUACAAUCUUCUGUAAUAUUUUUUUUGAAAUACAAAACGGUUUUGGCACGGAGAUAAACUAACACUAAAGCCAGGAUCCGAGCCAGGGAUCAUUUUCUUUUUAAAUAAAAAUAUUACAAAAAUAAUGAAUCAUUAAUAAUUCAUAAGGUUAACACAAUGGAAAUCAUUGCAUUGACCGCAUCUUUAUAUGAGCAAGAGAUUUGUCCUGAUUUACAUACGACUUAGCUAUAAAUGCAAACUCAACUAAUAUAUGCCAACUAUAACGUUUUCGUGGUGACAUUAACCCCUUGUCACUUUUUCCUCUUCUUAACAUGAACAAUAAUUACUUCUACCAACACCCUUGGUUAGAAUCUUUUAUGAGGCUCGUAACAUUAUAUGUUUGGGGUWUGCUGUGCCCUAAUUCUCAAGGWAAACUUUGAUUCCUGAGCAUGCUAAUGCGUAAGAAAUACGGUAUUUCUCAAAAACAUGUUAAGUGACGUGUUUGUCCACUACCGUCGACAAUGGCGACCGUAUGGAAAGCUGACUCAAGUCGACUUUGGUGCCAAAAGGGUC